UGCAAAGAAACAGCACGUACGCAGUUUGGAUGCAACUGGAUGCCCAAGAUAAACGAGGAUUUUACUCUCAAAGAUUCUAUCGAACGUCUCUGCUUACACAUCCACAAGACGGAGUAUCAGCGUUAUCUGUGUGGAACCAAACGUCCAAAUCUAUGUCUCUUAAAUGGAAAGGGCCCAGUGAAGAGUCACUCAACGACGAUACGGGAUUCUUUUUCUAUCGCAUCACGUGGCAAUCUGAGUCGAACACGGCUAGCGGCGACUUUUACUAUUACUCUGAAAGAACAUAUGCUAACCGCUCUCUCAGAGACCGUUACACCGUUAGAGGUCUCCAACCGGCAAAUCUUUAUGAACUAUGUAUUUACGUUGCAACCAUCGACAAAAAGAACAGAAAAGUACUGUUUGGACCAUCACAAUGCGUGAACGAUUCUACUGACUUUCUAAAACCUUCUGAUACCUUUUUCGACUUGCGUUUAUUGGGAUGUCCAAGUGUACCAUCCCAUUCCACAAUAUCUUGGAACUUAAACGAACACAAACAACCCGGACCGAUCAAUAGACAAAGCAUAACACUUAGAUACCCGUCAGCAGAUGAACUAGAUCAAACAGUUCUGUCUUGUUCGGGAAGAGAUCCAGUUAACGCUACGUGUGAGAGCUCGUCUGGGUCACAAGAGCAUUCUUGCUGGUGGAUGGUACCAGACGUCGACGCAUUUUGCAACAUAUCAGGACUCCUGGGUUAUACAAUGUACACGUUUCAAAUAAGAGCGUGUAAUACCAAAGGAUGCGAUGAAAAAUCAGAAAAUAAUAGAACGUGUCCUGACAUUCCAUCACCAUCGAUACCACUUGACUGUCAAAUAAUAUCAAAUUCGAACGCGUCCUUUUCAACUUUGUUGUGGAAGAAGGGACGAAGCAACAGUCAAUCUGUUAAUAUUACUCUCAUGUGGAUUAAUGAUGAUCUUCGUUCUGACCGUUCUUUUUCUCUCGACGGCUCAUCACUAAAACCUCUUAAUGACGACGAUUCCAUCCAUUGUUUAUCACAAGAUGACAUAGUCAACUGUACCAUACGACAAGUGACUGUAGAUCACCGCUAUCGGUUUAGGAUCAUUUCUGUCAACGAAAUUGGAAAUUCUACUAGUCAAUCUCAAUAUUGCGGUCAUUUAUCAUCAAAUUCUAACGAAGAAGCAUUUACAGCCUGGGUUGUUCCCAUUUCUGUUGUUGCCGCGCUUCUUAUCGUUUCCACAACUUUAGUUUCCUUGUAUUACAUUUAUCGUUGGAGACCAAAGAAAGUGCUAGAAAGAGAAUUGGACGACGACGGUUUGCGGCGCGUCGAGCUCCAACGCGACAAUGUAGACUUACCGGAUGACACCGAGAAGCUCGGAUCAGGGGCAUUCGGCUGCGUGAUGAUGGGAUGGAUAUGCUCGCACGAUGAAAAUAUACGAGUGGCUGUCAAACAACUACAAACAAACACUAGUUAUGACUUGAAAAGUGACUUCAUUAGAGAAGCAAAGAUUUCCUUGCGUGUCGAUCAUGUGAACGUCGUACGCUUGCUGCACGUCUGCUCUCAAGAAGAACCUUAUCUUAUGAUUAUGGAAUACGUCAAUAGGGGAAAUCUAAACCGACUGCUCACAAUUUUGAAACCAAAGAUAGCAGAGAAUUUGGCAUCAACGUUUGCUGCUCUUAAAUGCGACCUUCUCCAUCAGAUUGCAUGCGGUCUUCAAGCGGUCAGUAAACUAAAUAUCAUUCAUCGUGAUAUCGCAGCCAGAAACUGCUUGAUUCACGAAGAAGGUGGAAGACUGGUUGUCAAAGUGAGCGAUUUCGGAAUGGCCGUCGUCAUCGACAAAGAAUUCGGAGAAGUUCGAAUGAAAAAGGGAGAAGGAAACGUACCGUUUCGAUGGAUGAGUCCGGAGGCUUCGUACGAAAGGCGAUACAGCGAGAAAAGCGACGUGUGGUCGUUUGGUGUUCUCUGCUGGGAAGUUUAUAGCUUUGGUUUGACGCCAUACUCUUGGCUGUCAAACACUGACCUAUUUGGCUAUAUUUCUAAUCGCCUCCCUCUACCUCUUCUACCAUUUCUCAUCACUACCGAGGUAGGAAAUACUCUUCUCAUUCCAAUGCAAGAGCAAGAGUUGCCGUUCGAUUGCUGGAAGAUUGACGUCGAUCAACGUCCUUGUUUUGACGACGUCGUCAAUACGUUAAAUCGUACAUUGAGUGCUUACGGAAAUGCUCUGGACGACGACCUGGUUACUGCUCAAGAACUGAUGCUAGCUGGUGUCGUAGCAGACGAUGAUGUCAAGGACACGGCACUGUAAUUGCCUUACCCUGAAUGAGGAACACCAUCUUGCGCAAUACAAUAGCGCAAUAGUUCUGUUUGGACGCCUGUCCACGUAAUAGUACGAUUAUUGUAGUUUGAUGGUGAUAUUAAUAGUUUUAACUGUUGGGGUAGUGCUGGGUAUAUACGGGGUUGUAUCAUAUCUCGCAUGGGAGUAGGAAGCAUGCAGAUCGGCAGGUUAGACAUUCGCCGGACUAUUUCUUGAAACGUCAUUUUAUGAGCGGGUUUUGCUGUAAGCUUCCAGGUUGGAGUAUAGCUGAUUAAAUA